AUGGAAGUAGACUCUGGAAUGCUGGGCUUGGGAAGCCGAGCUCAGGGACACCUGGUACAGCGGAGAAGGUAUUAUAUUACCCCCCUGCUUCCUCGGGUAUCUAAAACAUACCUGAGACCCCAGGAGUCAGUUACUUAUUACAUUGCAGCCAUGAAGCAGCCUAAGAACCCAAGUUACACAAUCAUGACCUUUCACCCAACCACGGAAGAAUUUAAAGAUUUCCUCAGAUAUAUUGUGUACAUGGAAUCCAAAGGGGCACACCGCGCAGGCCUGGCCAAGGUGAUUCCCCCCAAGGAAUGGAAAGCCAGGCAGACCUAUGACGGUAUCAGUGACAUCUUAAUAGCAACUCCCCUCCAGCAGGUGGUCUCCGGGCGGGCAGGUGUGUUUACUCAAUACCAUAAAAAGAAGAAAGCCAUGACAGUGGCGGAGUAUCGCCAACUGGCAAACAGCGGAAAGUAUCGGACUCCGCCACACUCGGAUUUUGAGGAUUUGGAGCGAAAGUAUUGGAAAACCCGCCUGUACGAUUCUCCGAUUUAUGGCGCUGACAUCAGCGGCUCCUUGUUUGCGGAAAACACUCAACAGUGGAACCUUGGCCACCUGGGAACCAUCCAGGACCUGCUGGAGCAGGAGUGCGGCGUGGUCAUCGAGGGCGUCAACACGCCCUACCUGUACUUUGGCAUGUGGAAGACCACCUUCGCCUGGCACACGGAGGACAUGGACCUUUACAGCAUCAACUACCUGCACUUCGGGGAGCCCAAAACCUGGUACGCGGUGCCCCCGGAGCACGGCCGGCGCCUGGAGUGCCUGGCCACCGAGCUGUUCCCGGGCAGUGCCCGCGCCUGUGACGCCUUCCUGCGGCACAAGGUGGCUCUCAUCUCGCCCACGGUCCUCAAGGACAACGGGAUCCCCUUCAAUCGGAUCACUCAGGAGGCUGGCGAGUUCAUGGUGACGUUUCCCUAUGGCUACCACUCUGGCUUCAACCACGGCUUCAACUGCGCAGAAGCCAUCAACUUCGCCACCCCGCGAUGGAUCGAUUAUGGCAAAGUGGCGUCUCAGUGCAGCUGCGGGGAGGCCAGGGUCACCUUCUCCAUGGACGCCUUCGUGCGCAUCCUGCAGCCUGAGCGCUAUGAGCUGUGGAAGCGCGGGCAGGACCGGGCUGUUGUGGACCACACGGAGCCCACCUCGCCAGACAAGGGGGAGCUCAGCGCCUGGAGGGAGGCCCAAGCUCCCCGGAGAGCCCUGCUGGGCCUGAGGCACCUCCCACCCCGCCGGGCCACGCGCACCCCUCGGCCUGUGGCCGCUAGUGGUGGGACUGGCCGUCGCACCCCGAUGUGCCUGGCCUCCCCACGCUCCUUGCCGGCCCAGAGUUCUUCCUCUGGUGCCCAGUCUGGGCUUGUCCCCGCCUGCACUUCCCAGGAGGCUGGCCCCACCCGACCACCGACCCCGAUUCCCUCUGCCCGAGAUGUUCAUCCCUCAAUGGGCAGAUGUGGUCCUGGUCGUCGUCCUCGGGAACAAGGGGCCCGGGGGCCCAGCAUCCAGGCCCGGGCCAAGAGGCGUCUCUCGGUGGGAACAACGCACACAGCCCAGUACCCUGAGGCUCUGCCCCUCCCUAUGAAUGGACUCUUCAUGGUCAAUCCUGAACCACUGAGCCCUGGACACCAGUUUUAUGCUGAAGCUUCUGGGUGCUGUUGUGGCCCUGAUCUUCAACCCUUAGGGCCUCCAUUGGAUCCUGAGAAUGCGAUGCACCCUGGCCCUUGCGUGCUAUCCCUGGACAACAUCACAAUCAACUUCUCUGACAAUGUCCCACUGACUUGCCCCAAUGUCACUGGGACUCGGAGAAGAUUCCCCAAGGACUCUGAUGGGGAUUGCAAGGCCCCUGUGAACCUCUCUGAGGUUGUAAUGAUAGACCACACUUAUGCCUCUAUGAAUCUGACCCCAGCUCCAGUUGCCAGACCUUUCUGCACCCCUGACCGUGAUCCUCUGGGUUCAAGUGUGAGGCAGUCGCCCUCUUUGAGCCCUGGGAUGUGUUCACCACCCAUGGAAGAUCUCCAGCCUUUGAGCUCAUGACUAUUGAAGAUUUUGCCCAGUAUGGCUGUAUCUGACCCUCAACCCCAGGAACCACAGAAGCUCUCAGGCCCACAAUAAUUCUGUGCUGGGCCUGUCCCAGAGGUGCUUUAUUUUGUAGAAAAGACGCAUCCCCAAAGAUGCCAGCUUCCACUGGACAUGCUACAUGCCACUGCUCAUGUUGAAACUAGACCUAAUUGAGUCUGUCAGCCAAUUCUGCCUCAGGGAUCUUUGUAACUUUAUUUUCUUAAAGUUGCAUCUGCAAAGCAAGGAAAGUCUAAAAUCCUUAACAUAUCUUUUUAGUAUCAAGAUUAUUUAUGAGAUACCUUCUUAAAAACAAGACAACAGGUCCUAAAUGGAGUGUCUUAUGCUAAACGCCGUGUCACUAAACAGAGACUUAAUUUGUAUUUAAAUGGAGAAAUGGAGGUUUAAUCCAGUUAAUCAGGAAUCGUCUGAUCAGUACCAGUUAGGUUAUCUGCUGAUAGACUCCUUCCAUCCUCUAAAGGAAUGUAACCCCCAUAAUCAACUCAAUUUUUUUUUUUGCCUAGUAUAAUUUCCUUCUUCCUCUUCCUUUCUGCCUAUAAAAGUCUUUCAUUUUGGAGCUCCUUUCUAUUGGCCAGAUCGGAUGCUGCCUGAUCCGAAUUGAUUUUUUCUCAAAUAAACUUUUACAAUUUUUA